UUGAGACUUGUAUACAGUGCUGCAUUACCAUUCGCUGAAAUGUAAACAAGCGUUACAAAGUCCUAGGAGCUAUCACUUUUUUUGCACUCUCAUACGAAAGCAUCAGUUUUGUAUCGUCAUAUUCUGACGUAUAACCUUUGUAUGAUUAUAUCUGAGAGGAGUUACCGAUCCGCACAAAUCUUUAUGAAACGUUCGCGUUUUUGGUUUUCGUACGCUUUACAAUUGCAAUUCCCGACUGUUUUACUUUUAACUCGUGCUGUGCGCUACGCGCGUUUAUCUUGGAUCGACGUGGAUCAACGAAAGCAACCACACGACCCACAUUCAACCUGUUUACAUGGUAACGAACUUGUGAACUUUUGCUGAGAUAUAAUGUCGGACGAUAAUAUGCCACAUAUUUCUUAUGGAGUUGAUAGUCUUGGAAGAAUAGUACGAAUUGAAUCAGGUACAACCAGGGCCAAUAUCAGACGUCUUCCAAGUGUAGAAGAAGUUUUAAGAAGAUUACGUACAAAUUUGAGGUCGGAUAGACUAACUACUGACUCUAACAAUGAAGUAUCUGAUUCUCAAGCUAUGGCACAAAUAGCAUCGCUAGAAGAAGAUAGUUCUCAAAAUGCAUGGGAUGAUGUAACUGAUCAUGAAUUAUCUGUUGAUAUCACUGAUGGAGCAUCUUCGCCGAAUCAAAUUACAUCUAGUGUGCCAUCAUUGACUCCAGAAGAAGAUAGGCGGUAUUGUUGGGUAUGUUUUGCAACUGAUGAAGAUGAUGCAACUGCAGCGUGGGUUAAACCGUGUCAUUGCCGAGGUACUACAAAAUGGGUUCAUCAGGGUUGUAUUCAGAGAUGGGUAGAUGAAAAGCAAAAGGGUCAUGCUGGACAUGCUGUAGCAUGUCCACAAUGCAAUACAGAAUAUAUUAUAGUUUAUCCAAAUAUGGGUCCGUUAGUGGUGGUACUCGAUACGAUCGACACAGUUAUCUUCCGAGUAUGUCCUUUUAUUGCUGCUGGUAUUGUAGUUGGAUCCAUAUAUUGGACAGCUGUGACUUAUGGUGCGGUUACUGUUAUGCAAGUGGUGGGUCACAAGGACGGUCUUACUAUGAUGGAACAGGCGGAUCCUUUAGUACUACUGGUUGGCUUGCCAACUAUUCCAAUUAUGUUAGUUUUGGGAAAAAUGCUUCGUUGGGAAGAUCAAGCCCUUAGCUUUUUGAGGCGGCAUGCAUCCAAAGUUCCUAUUUUAAGACAUUUUUUACCAAGCAGUUAUACUGACGAAGACACAAGUAUACAAUCUGAAGAUAUACCACCAAUGAAUGAUCCGGUAUCUGCAACGCGUGUUCUUUGCGGCGCACUUUUAUUGCCAACCAUUGCUAGUCUGUGCGGAAGGAUAUUCUUCGAAAGUAUAAGUUCUAAUUUUCAGAGAACAUUAUUGGGUGGUGCAGCCUUUAUAACAAUAAAAGGUGCAUUCAAGAUUUAUCAUAAACAACAACAAUACAAGAGACAAUGUCAGCGACGUGUAAUGGACUAUACGGAGAGCAACGUAGCAUUGUACAAAAGGCAACAAGAUUCCGAAAGUGAUCGAAGUUAAAUAAAAUAGUAAUGAAUAUUCCAAUGUUGAUUAAUAUCAGUGUUAGUAGACGAGUCACUUUUUCACAUAUAUGCACUGCUGCGCUAGAAAAAUUCAAUAAUGUAUAUAGAGUGUAAAAAAAAGAUCCUAUAGUUUUAGCGGGAUUUGUCCAUAUCUGGC